GCAAAAUCCCAAUAUAAAACCCACUUUAUUUUACUCCAUUGUUGCAUAUAUACUCUAAACAAGACCAAAUCCUGUACCCGAAAAGGCUUAACAGAUAUCAUAAUGUCUGAUUUGCCGAUGAAGUAUGGAUGCGGUGUAUUUAGUGCUGUUUUUGGACGACGAACAAGACGAUCUGUCUCAACGAGUUCUCUCCCGACUGACAAUUUUCCCGACAUCUCAACAACUCCAAGCAGCCAGAAGUCCAAUUCCACGAGGCUAAAUAGUUCAGAUUAUGCAUCCUUCGAUAUUUCAUCAAGCCCAGAACAAUCCCAGAAACAAGUCGACCAAAUUAUUGCUAGGCCUUUGCCAAAUCAAAAAAAGAAAGCAACCCCACCAUUAUAUGUUCAAACCCCGCAACAAGUUAAAAAAAGCGAACCAAAUGGUCAACAACACAACCAAAUCUAUGGUCAAAACAAAAAGGAACUCACCCGAGGAACAAGUGGGAUAUUAGAGGAUCUUGAAACCAUGAUCGAUGAUCAUCAGCGUUCAAUCUAUGCUGGUAACAUGAAGGUAUUUGGUAAUUUAGGCAACUUACAACAACUAAAUUCAAACAAUGUUGAUUAUCAUCCGAAGACUGUUAAAGAACAUGGGUCCUCCCUCCCAAACGGGAACAUAAACAGGAUACCUAGAAAAGAUGUACUGAAACCAGUAAAGCGAACUGCUUUCUGUAGAGCUCUUUCAACAAGAAUGGAUCCUGAGCAGUUGAAGAUCAUGGGAAACGAAGAUUACAAAAACGGGCGAUUUGCUGAAGCGUUGUCUCUCUAUGACGCUGCAAUUUCAAUUGAUCCGGAAAAGGCAGCCUACAGAAGCAACAAAAGUGCAGCCUUAACUGCCAUGGGUAAUCUUUUAGAAGCAGUGUUCGAAGCUCGAGAAGCAAUCAGAAUAGAACCCUUUUACCAAAGGGCUCAUACUCGUUUAGCCACAUUAUAUCUCAGACUAGGGGAUCCAGAAAAUACAAUUCGUCAUUAUAAACAGGCUGGCUCAGAAGUCGAGCCUGAACUAUUAACAAAAGCGCAAAAACUACAAGUGCACUUUAAUCGGUGUAAUGACGCAAAGAAGCGAAGAGAUUGGAACACAAUGAUAAAAGAAAGCAGUGUAGCGAUAUCUUCUGGUGCAGAUUUUGCAUUACAGAUAUUUACGUUGAAAGCCGAGGGGUUGUUGAAGUUGCAUAGGCAUCACGAAGCAGACGAGGUGUUGAGUAAUGCGCCUAAGUUUGAUGUAGAUGACUGCAACAAGUUCUAUGGUCCGAUCAGCCAUGCUAAUUUGUUGCUUAUAAGGGCUCAAGUCGAUCUUGCUGCUGGCAGGAUUGAUGAUGCAAUGGAAGCCUCCGAAAUGGCAUCAAAGAUGGACUCGAACAAUAAAGAUGUGAACAUGAUGGUGUGCAAAAUUAAGGUAGUGAUGGGUGCAAGGUCCAAAGGCAAUGAGUUGUUCAAAGCUGCCAAUUAUCUCGACGCUUGCGUUGCAUAUGGAGAGGGACUUGACCAUGACCCAUUCAACUCUGUGUUGCUUUGCAACCGCGCUGCUUGUCGAACAAAGAUGGGUCAGUUUGAGAAAGCAGUCGAGGAUUGCACCAUGGCUUUGAACAUUCGUCCCACUUAUAGCAAAGCAAGACUACGAAGAGCUGACUGCAAUUUUAAGCUGGGAAAGUGGCAUGCUUCCGUGGAGGAUUAUGACAUAUUAACAAGAGAAGAACCUGAAGAUGAAGGGUUGAGCAAAGCCUUUAGAGAGGCUGAAGAGCAUUUACAGAAACAUUUAGCUGAUCUAAUUAAAUGAUUAUACGAGACUCCUC